UGGUCACUGACAACUCGCGCGGGACGACGUCGUGGACUACUUGGAUUGGUGAAGAAAACACAGGAAAGCGAACAGACAGGGGGGUGUUUUGCAUAUUUUUUUUGUGGUGGACACCUGGAUCUGGGGACACACAAAGAAACGGGAGAGGGCUUCUGGACGGAAGUGCUUUGCGGUGUAGGUUGAAGCUUUUUUUUUGGGUGAGAUUUGAAGUGGUGCUCGAACGCAACGCAACGAGAAGUUACACCUGUUGCUGAAUUCCCGUUCGGACCUAGAUACGAGAGCAAGAACAAGGUGUUUGUGUCCCGGGUAGUAUUUGUGAGCACGGAGGUAAAAAGCGCCAACAGGUCGCCGUCAUCUGUGUGUUGUUUUCGCUCGUUUCUGUGUUGUUCUUCGUAUUGCUGGACGGUGAAGAGGACGGGACCAGCAUAUAAAAACAACACCAACACAACGGACUGUGGCCGCACUACCACCAACGUGAGCAGAACUCCAGAAGAGAGUUGAAGAAAGAAGUUGUUAUAAUCCGCCGUAACGCCGCGCGCAGCACAGCCAAGAUCGUUGAGCGAGAGACUAAGCGAAAGAUGUGAGGAGAAUUAUUCAAUAAGGAAACCUGUUAUAGAGUCUGCUACUCACCACCUUGCCGCGCACACCUCGUGGGUUCAAUUUCCCAGGCCCCGUUAAGUUCAGUGCCGAGUUCCGUGAAGAGUAUACUGUGCGCUGUUGGUCCGCAACUCCGGUCCGGAUUUUGGCAGCCAAUUUGCCGACCACCGAACCACUUUCCAGCGUUCAUCUCGCGAAGUGCAACGCGCGUUUCAAUAUCAAAUGGGAUCAGUGGAACAAGCCACCAACGGCGCCCGAUCGCAGCAGGCUGGCUACCUCGUCGUACCUCGCGUUCGUUGCUGAAUCAUGGUGAUCGCCCCAACAUGGCAUACUGCGAUCACCAUUAAUCGCGCGUGAAAGAUACGUCCGAAAGUGCGUGCUGGACGCGUGGUGUGCAGUCUUAAUUAUCGCAGUUGGCGCCGCCGAAAAGAGCGACCCUAAUGAGGGUCCAAUCGCAUGGCCAACUAAGGGGAUCGCCGUGACGCGUGUUUCAGGUUUCUCGCUACUGACCAAGUUUCUUGACCUUACGGGGAGGUGGACGAACGCGCAGCGCCUACUAAGUGAACGCAGUGAACCAAGUCGCACCGACUAGAAGCGGUGAAGAGAAUUCGCAGUGCAGAACAACAUUGAACGCGAUGCGUACUCGCUGAAAAAGGAGUUCAACAACCGUCAUCAGAAGCAUUUCGAAGAAGGUCACCCAACGAAAAAAAAAAGGGAACGUGAAAAUAACACAAAUCAAAACGAUCAAGAGACGAUCACAUUGAGGGAUAAUUCAAGAGUUGAAGUCUGCUGAACGCGUAAUGAAAGGCCACCAACCGUCAUUCACAGCCAUUCUUGAGCUGCGCAGCACAACAAUGAUGGGAACAAUUCGCAUCAAAGUUUAACCCACCGCGCAGCAAAAAAGAAAAAAAAAGCAGCAGCUGCCUCGUUGACCGCAAGUACCGUUCCCGUGGAAAAUGAAACCGGCUUUUGGCCGCCACCCUGCUCCUCGUCCUCCUCGUCCAGCGUGGUGCCCGGGCCAAAAUCCGUCAACUGCAUGAAUCCGCCGUAUAGAAUGCCUCCGCAACCGCUCGGGACGUCGUAUGGUGUUGUCCAGAAUGACCAUCCCAUCCCCGGAACGGCCUCCGCAGUAGCUCCCGACCAUCACCAGCAACUUCAACUCCAUCAGCAACAUCACCAGCAACAACAGCAACAGCAUCAACAACAGCAGCAAGUUCUCAGUCCACCCCUGCGAACGCAUUCCAGCAAAUUUCCGAUUGAGCGCGAACUGGUUCUGUCCUCGAGCAAUAAGAACAACGCCAAAAUUCCGUUGAUGCAAGAUAACCGAAACACGAGCAUUCCCGCGCUGCUGAACCGUUCGUCCGUUUCGUCGGCCGUCGGGCCGGAUUUGCCCACCAAGCAGACGCAGGCAUGGAACCAGGCCCAAAUUGAGGUCAUCCACUCGUCCAUCACCGGCACCAUCCCGCGGAACGCGGUUCGCCUCCCAGAAGACAUCACUGCCCUCGCCGAGCGCGAAGGCCUCCAGGGCAAGGACAAGGAAACGGUCAAAAAGUCCGUCUCGAAGAACUACCACAAGCUGAAGGACCUCAUUUCGUCCAAGUUCAAGAAGGAAAACGGCACCGACGAAGGUCCCGGCGACGAGUUGAACAACGUUUCGACGAUGCUGCACCAGCAACAACAGCAAAAUAGUUUGGGGUCAUCGUUCCUGAUGGGGGGCGAUGGCCAGGGUGGUGGGGGGAACAAUUUGAACCAUGCCCAGUCGAAUAUCAACUUGUGGAGUUCGAAUGCACGUGGAGAUUCUCCACUGUACUAUCACAAGAAGUUUGCCGAUCCGGCCGAUGGCUACAACGGGGACUCGCUCAGUGGCUUCCGGAAUUUAAAGGCCAUGUCCCAACCGGUGCUGAACACGGCCAGCAACCAGAACUAUCAGAUGACCCCUCCGCAGAUGGACGGAACGGACAGUGACGACGGAGGAUUCCGGUCGCAACAGAACCAAGCCCGGAUCAACAUCCAGACUCCGGUUCAGCAGCACAACCGGCAGCUGCAGCAGAACUACGUCCAUAACUACCGUCACAACCACCCGCAGGGUGGUGGUCAGCAGCAGUCCCAAAUGACUCCACAAAUGACUCCUCAAAACUAUCAACAAACUCCACAAAGUAGACACAAGAUCCUAACGGAAUACUCCGACGGACAUUCCUCACUCCAACACCAACAACAACAACAACAACAAAUUCCACACGGAAGUGGCCACACCACGAUCAACAUUGGCGAAAACUCCAACUACAACAGUCACGACCAAAAGGGAGACCCGAAACGGAUGACCAACGGAACCAACAACAACACGGUGGUCCAGAUUGCGUCGGAUGCGUCGUCCUCCCACGUGGUGGUCCAGACGACGAGCACGACAACGACGACGACGACCAAGCAGAUUGACUCCAUCUCCAGUUCGGACUACGAUCGCAACGGGAACCACAGCUCGAAUGUGGACUCGGGCCGUGGAAGUGCGGCGUACUCGAGUGGAACCAGGAAGGGACCGGGUCCGGGAGGGAUGGUGGGGUCCACUGCGGUGGUCAGCAUGAGUAUGCUGGAGCAGGCCGAGCGGAACAGGAGCAAGUCGGAGUCGGAGUGGAUCGACGUUGUAGACGCCGAACUGCGCAACAUCCUCGAGCCCGGCAUGAAGGGCAUGAUGAUCCGUCCGGAGAGUACCAUGUCGGAGAGUGCCUCGUCCAUGUCUCCUCCGUUGCCACCGCUCUCACCGGACGGCGGAAUCUCGUAUCACACAACACCCGCCGGCAAUGGAAACGGCCACAACGGUCACAACAUCAAAUCGGGUCAGCUGAGAAACCAGUCCAAAAUCCAGGAGUAUGGAACGGACACGUAUAAUAGGGCGAGUAAGAACCCACAGCCGAUUGGUCCGUCCAAGGGUCAUCCGUCGAACAACACGAUCCAGAACUACAUGCACAACCUGAAGCUGUCUUCGAGCAGUAAGAAGCACGAGCAGAACCUGCUCAAGAAGCAUCUAUUUGGCCUCGACACGGACGGCGCCUCGGUAACGAACACGACUCGCUCGCUCGACCUGGAAUCCCUGCUGGGAGGUCCCUGGGACGCGGGUCAAUCGGUGAGCGAGUCGGAAACGGACGGCGGCCUGCAGCAGAUCCGGAACCAGCUCGAGGGUCUCGAGUCGAUGUACAGCGAGGUGCUCAAAAUGCUCGGCAAUCGGAUGGCCACCGGCGGCGAUCAGGGUCACCACCAGCGGAGUGGCAUGGCCAAUCGUCGGCGUCGUCACGGAUCACUGUCCUCGCUGCCUUCCAGUUCGGUCAGUGGGCGACCAAUCCGGGACCGUCGACGGCCGGACGAGCGGCGCAAGGUGCGGGACAUUCGCGGGAUCAACAAGCGCUUUCAACGGCUCGAGUCGCACGUGGUCACGCUGGCCCGGAGUGUGGCCCAUUUGUCGUCGGAGAUGCGCUCGCAGCACGUCGUUUCGCAGGAGCUGGAGGAGAUCCGGAACGAUAUGGCCCUGCUGCGGUCACAGUCGAUGCACCACAUUCCGUUGAACGCGAGUGGGGCAACGACGGGGGGUGCGGCGAACACGAGCGGAUCGAAGGAGCCCAUGAAUUUGACGAAUCCCAGGAGGGUCAAGAAGUUGACCAAGUUCUUUGGGGAGGAUCCACCGUUGAUGAAACUGUUUUUGAAGAAGCUGGGUUAUGAGAAAUACGCCUCCAUCUUCGAGAACGAACGCGUCGGGAUGAUCGAGCUGCCGUACCUAGGAGAGGAGAGACUGCAAAAGAUGGGCAUUCCGCUGGGGCCCCGGCUGCGAAUCCUGCAGGAGGCCCAGAUAUCGCUGUGCCGCGACACCACCCUGUGCAUCGUAUAGGAUAGGCCACAUCAUCAUCGAACAAACGGACAAACCCCGAGCCAAAGAAUCAAAUCCAGACGACAAUCACGCAGAGACUUUACACGAAUCAUGCUUACUUUUUUGUGCGUACUUAAAACACAUUCCAGUGCUGAAGUUUAAAUAGUAUCGUUUGCUUGAGAUGUAAUUUUUAUUAUAUUUUUUAUUAUUUUGAGUACUUAAAUACAUUCCUUUUUCCGGCUCUCUAAUACUCAAUUCAGACAAAAAAUAAGCAAAAAAACUGUUAUAAUAAACAAUUUUUAAUCAUUAUUAUGUAAA